AAAAAAAAAAGACUGUGUAAAAGUAACGAAAUAAGAUACAUUUCCUCAAAUUUGCAUGAAGAUGGAAACUUUUUGCCUCAGGGUAUCCUUUUGGCUGGUAAUGACUGCUUGUGUGAUCAGUGAUAAUCCUGAGAGAUACAGCACAAAUCUAAGUGAUCAUGUGGAUGAUUUCACUACUGUACGUGGGACAGAGCUCAGCUUCCUGGUCACCACCCAUCGACCCACUAAUUUGGCCCUAACCAGCAAUAGCUCAAUGCACAACUAUUGCCCACAGCAGACUAAAAUUACUUCAGCUUUCAAAUACAUUAACACUGUGAUAUCUUGUACUAUUUUCAUCGUGGGAAUGGUGGGGAAUGCAACUCUGCUCAGGAUCAUUUACCAGAACAAGUGUAUGAGGAACGGCCCCAACGCGCUGAUCGCCAGCCUUGCCCUUGGAGACCUUAUCUAUGUGGUCAUUGAUCUCCCUAUCAAUGUAUUUAAGCUGCUGGCUGGGCACUGGCCUUUCGACCACAAUGACUUUGGCGUAUUUCUCUGCAAGCUGUUCCCCUUUUUGCAGAAGUCCUCAGUGGGGAUCACUGUCCUCAAUCUCUGUGCUCUUAGCGUCGACAGAUACAGAGCAGUUGCCUCCUGGAGUCGUGUUCAGGGAAUUGGGAUUCCCUUGGUCACAGCCAUUGAAAUUGUCUCCAUCUGGAUCCUUUCCUUUAUCCUGGCCAUUCCUGAAGCAAUUGGCUUCGUCAUGGUGCCCUUUGAAUACAAGGGUGAACAACACAAAACUUGUAUGCUCAAUGCCACAUCAAAAUUCAUGGAGUUCUACCAAGAUGUAAAGGACUGGUGGCUCUUCGGGUUCUAUUUCUGCAUGCCCUUGGUGUGCACCGCAAUCUUCUAUACCCUCAUGACUUGUGAGAUGUUAAACAGAAGAAAUGGCAGCUUGAGGAUUGCCCUCAGUGAACAUCUUAAACAGCGUCGAGAAGUGGCAAAAACCGUUUUCUGCUUGGUUGUAAUUUUCGCUCUUUGCUGGUUCCCUCUUCAUUUGAGCCGCAUUUUGAAGAAAACUGUAUAUGAUGAGAUGGACAAGAACCGAUGUGAAUUACUUAGUUUCUUGCUGCUCAUGGAUUACAUCGGUAUUAACUUGGCAACCAUGAAUUCAUGUAUAAACCCAAUAGCGCUAUAUUUUGUGAGCAAGAAAUUUAAGAAUUGUUUUCAGUCUUGCCUUUGCUGUUGCUGUUACCAGUCCAAAAGUCUGAUGACCUCGGUCCCAAUGAAUGGAACAAGCAUCCAGUGGAAGAACCAUGAACAAAACAACCACAACACAGAAAGGAGCAGCCAUAAGGAUAGUAUAAACUGAGCCUCUUAAGAAAUGUUCAUCAAUAUUCCUUCAAAUCUUAUUGGAGAAAAAUCACACUGCCACUGUGUCUCCAGAAAUCUCUUCUCCUACUUUUCUUCUCCCUUGACUCAGUCCUACCCACUGAGCGGGAAAAAAAAUGCUUGGAAAACAUCAGAGGUUGUACUGGUGAAACCCAAAAAUUCUAUGCACCUUACUUCUUUCAUCUAAUUUACAUAUUCUGCAUGUUAUAUUCAACACUAAAAAAAUGGUAUGAGUUGGGGAGAAAAGAAACUAUUAAGUGAAACCAGAAAGAUAUUUACUAUUUUGCAUCAACAUAGAAUUUUCAGCUACAAGACCAGCUUUCAUGGCAGUUCUACCAAAUGUUCAAUGAGACUUGAUCACAAUGAAAUUUAGAGAUUAUGGAAAAAUGUUCUAUUUUUAAAGGUGAUUCUUUUUUUGGCCAAUCACAUUAUGGGUGUAAGCCACCAUUAUUUGAAAUGCCAUUCACUGCCAGU